AUGUCGCUAAAACUACUCUCAAACCCAAGUAAUAGUAAUAGGAGAAAUAACAGCAAGUCUGAACCCGUUCAAUUUGACAUUAAUACGGAUUUAGAAUACAUCAAACUUCCGCGCAUAGAUAAAAUUAAGAAGAAACAAUCUGAAAUUGAAAAACCGCCGUCGACCUUAGGAAAGAAAUGCCGAGAGCACUCUCUUAGAAUUCGACGAAUGAAAGAGCCAUUACCAAUGAGGCAAAGAGCCCUACCCCAAUCGUUUUGGCAGGAGCUAGAAACUUCGGAAACAUCGCGCCAGCCUCUACCAACAUCAUUACCUCCACUAUUUGUACAUGACAGCUACGAAGAUAUAGCAUCCACCAGACCAGUUACUCCUCCCGGAGAAAAAAUCUUACCGCGCCCAGCAAAGUUUAAAAAAAUUACUCAUGGAGAUCCGCAUCUCUUAUUUCGCUUAUUUGAUGGCGCACAAGAUCAGAAUAAGAAGUCUACACCAACCACUAAACGUGGAAGGCCGUCCAGAAAGUCCAGGCUUAUGAAUGCUCCUGAUUAUGAAGAAGAUCCUUACUUGAGUGUUAAUUUCCCAAGUUUAUCACUUCAUGAAUCGAAGAAAGAUUUAAAUCCUCCAGCCCUAGCGAUCAUGAAAAUGGACGUUAAUAGUUUCACUACAAUCGAUUUACCUGUCCUCACAGAAAAUGUAAAUUAUUCCGCUAUAUUAUCUGAUGUUGUAGCAAAAAUGUAA